GCAGACUGAGAGGAGAGAGCUGUGUGACCCGGUAUGUGUUUAGUCAAGUCAAGAAUGAGGAAAGGCGUUCAAGUUGCGAAGUGAACGAGCCCACAGGGAGCACAGAGACGACUCGUGUCAGAUCGGCUCCGUUACUCUUCAACCAUGAGAACGUUUUUAGGCCGCCUAGUGAUACUGUUCCUCUUUUUGUCAUCGACUUCAAAAGUUUUCGGUUCAAACAUCUGCACAUCACGGGGAGUCGCCACAUGUCAACAGUGCUUGGCUGUUCACCCCAGCUGUGCGUGGUGCUCUCAGGAGGCGUUUGGGAAGGGGGGCUCGAGUGCGCCCCGCUGCGACCUGAAGCAGAAUCUGCUGGAUGGAGGGUGCAGUGCGACCUCUCUGGAGUUUCCCUCCAGCAGCCUGACUAUUCAGAAGGAUGCACCGCUCAGCAGCAAGGCCUCGGGUACAGCCGACGACGUCACUCAGAUAAAGCCUCAGAAACUUCGCAUGGUACUAAGACCAGGCGAUGCCCAGCGUUUUACCGUGUCAGUGAAACAGGUGGAGGACUACCCAGUGGACCUCUACUAUCUGAUGGAUCUUUCAUUUUCAAUGAAGGAUGACUUGGCUCGCCUUCGAACUUUGGGCAAUGAGCUCGCUGCGACCAUGGGCAAGACGACAAGCAACCUGCGCAUGGGCUUUGGAGCCUUUGUGGACAAGACCACGUCCCCUUACAUGUACACCUAUCCUCCAGAGGCAGUCAGCAACCCUUGCUUUGGAAUUAGUGAAAAAUGCCAAGCUCAGUUCGGGUUCAAGCAUGUCCUGCCUCUGACGGAGAAGGUAGAGCGCUUCACCGAGGAGGUGGAGAAACAGCAGGUGUCUAGAAAUAGAGAUGCUCCAGAGGGUGGAUUUGAUGCUGUCAUGCAGGCUGUGGUGUGCAAGGAGAAAAUUGGCUGGCGUCCGGAUGCCUCACACCUUUUGGUAUUUACCACUGAUGCCAAAACUCACAUCGCACUGGAUGGGCGUAUAGCGGGCAUUGUCCAGCCCAAUGAUGGACAGUGUCACCUUGAUAUUGACAACAUUUACAACAAAUCCACUGUGUUGGACUAUCCCUCCUUGGCACUCAUGACUGAGAAAAUGUCUGAAAACAACAUCAAUUUAAUUUUUGCUGUGACGAACUACGUGGUGCCACUCUACAAGGAGUACAGUCAGCUCAUCCCAGGCACAACAGUGGGAACACUGUCCGAUGACUCUGGGAAUGUUAUUGAGCUCAUUCGGGAGGCUUACGAGAAAAUUCGCUCUAAAGUGGAGCUGGAGCUGCUGGGAGUCCCCGACGAAAUCAAUCUGUCCUUCAAUGCCACUUGCCUGAAUGGAGAGGUCAUACGUGGACUCAAGUCCUGUUCUGGCCUCAAAAUCGGAGACACGGUGUCAUUCAGCGUAGAGGCUCAGUUGCGAGGCUGCCCCAAGGAGAAGAGCCGCACUUUUACCAUCAAACCUCUAGGCUUCAAGGAUUCCCUGGAGGUCACGGUAGACUUUGCUUGCGGUUGCAACUGUGAGGCCAUGGCAGAGACCAACAGCCCCCGCUGUAGCAACGGAAACGGGACCUACGAGUGCGGCGUGUGUCAGUGUCACCAGGGUCGCCUGGGCCCUCGAUGCGAGUGCUCAGUGGGCGACUACAGUCCGUCUGAUGAUGUCAACUGCAUUCCAAAGCCGGACGGCCCAGUCUGCAGUGGGAGAGGUGACUGUCUGUGUGGACAGUGCUCCUGCCAUGCAAAUGAGUUUGGUCAGGUGUGGGGAAAGUACUGCGAGUGUGACGACUUCAACUGCUUGCGCUUUAAAGGGAAACUUUGCUCCGAUCAUGGGACUUGUAACUGUGGCUUCUGCCGGUGUGAAGCUGGCUGGAAAGGAGAAAACUGUAACUGCACCACACGCAUAGACACCUGCAUGUCCAACAUUGGCCUGCUGUGCAGCGGCCGCGGCAACUGUGAGUGUGGGGUUUGUCAGUGCACUCAGCCCGGUGCCUACGGAGCUACCUGUGAGAAAUGCCCCACCUGUCCUGAUUCCUGCACUAUAAAAAAGGAGUGUGUUGAGUGUCAGCACUUCAAGAGAGGACAGUACACCAAAGACAACAGCUGCAGCAGAAUCUGCAAAGAUGAAAUCAAAGUAGUGGAUAAACUGGUUCUCCAUGACAGAAAUGCAGUGAACUGCUCAUACAAAGACGAAAAUGACUGCGUGGAGCACUUCCAGUAUUACGAAGAUGAGAGUGGCAAAUCCAUUCUGUACGUGGUAAAAGAGCCAGAGUGCCCUGAGGGUCCAGAUAUCUUGGUUGUGCUCCUGGCGGUGGCCGGAGCCAUUCUGCUACUGGGCCUUGUUGGCCUGCUCAUCUGGAAGCUGUUGGUCACCAUCCACGAUCGCCGAGAGUUCGCCAAGUUUGAGGAGGAGAGAGCCAAAGCCAAAUGGGAUACGGCCAACAAUCCUUUGUAUAAAGGAGCCACAAGCACCUUCACCAACGUAGCAUAUCGAGGCAACUAAGGACUAAAUGGAACAAGAAAAACUCAGGGGUCACUUACAAGGAUGGAAUGUAGUUGCACAGAAAUGGAUUGGAAGAAGCUUACACUGUCAUGUGGCUAGCUACUGUAGCUGAAAAGUGAUAUAAUAAUUGUACAUAUUGAAAAAUCAACGAGAGCUAUUAAUGUAAGUCACAGACGGUUGCAUCUUCUUUGGUUUCCUGUUUUACACUAUGUCAUUUCUACAGUUUUCUCAGUAUUGCACAGGAAAUCAAAUUGGAGAUUAAACAGAUACACUCUCAGGACAGUUAUAAUUAGGGCCACUGCUUUCACUGCUGUCACUUUUGUGGUUUUUCUAGAAAUUUGCUUUUCCAAUGCAAUAUUCAUUGUUUGAGAUUUUUUAGUAUUACCUUUUAUUUUUUAUCUAAGAAUCACCAUGGCCUAAAAGGAAUAAGACAUCAUGGAAUAUUCAUUAAUGAAUGGACAUUGUGAGGUCUUCAUCAGUGUCUUCAGCCAGGUUUGAUGUAUUAUUUACAUCUAAGCUGUGAUUGUUGUUUUUGAAAAUGUUGUACUUUUCUCUGUCAGAGUGCAGCUGCAGACUAUUUCAAAGUUCCCUUUUCAUCAAAUUGAAAAAGGCAAUUUCAGAUGAAUCACAACAAAGUUUAUCACAGCAUCUAAAAUGUGCACUGUAGAAUUAUUAAAGUGGACUUUCAUAUACUUUGCCAUUUCCUUUUUUUCUAAAACAAAAUUGUUUGUGAUAAUGAUUUAGACUCUGUGGAGCAGUUAACUGUAGCCUUUAGGCUGAUUUGGUUUACAGUGAUGAUUAUGGUCUCUGUUGUUUUUGAAAUGCAUAGUAGCAAUGGUAAUUUUAUAAAUGCCAUUACUAUGUGUCUUUAUCACUGCAUCAUCACCGGUUGUCGUUUGCUGGGUUGUUUUAUUGUUCAUUUUAUUUGUAAAAGUGUUUCAGAAACUGGUGAUCUGUCUAGGUUUUGUUCAGUGUUCUACUGACCAGCAGUGUGUUACACUGAAAUACCUUUUUUAAAUUUGUGAGCACAUUUUAUUGCACAUCAAAUGAUAUUGACCAUAAUGCCAUGCAAUUGUUAAUAUCAAACUUUCUCUUGCUCUUUUGUAACCUCUGUUUGGGAGAUAACAUUACACUGUGAGGUGUAUUUUGGUUGCACAGCUCUGAUCCUCUCUCAGGACAUAGCCUGAAAGCUCACUGUCUGUUUUGUUUGUUUGUUUGUUUGUUUUUGUUUUUUUGUACACAUUUUUCUUUACUAUGUUAAAAAGCAUGUGGUUCAACUCUAGUUCUUUACACUGUUGGGAUGCAUAAAGAUUCAUGAUACCUAAUUUCCCCAGUUUUUGUGUGAUGCCACACUACAGGAUAUCUCUGUCACCACAUCCUGCUCACCUUACCCUGCUAGUAUUAAUACUGUUCUUAGUCAACAGUUAGUUACAACACACGCAACUAGACCUACAACAAAUGUUCAGAGUCUGUUACUGGGUACUGUUUAUCAUACUAGUUCUGCGUACAUCAUAUAUGUCCAUAUUCUUGUAUUUUCUAAACACAUGCCUUCUAUGUUACCAUACAUGUUUCAUGCCUACUGCAGUUAACUUACAUACAUACUGUAAUCUAACAUU